AUGGCCUCUACCAAUGUGAUGUCUCCUACAUCCUCCUCCACAACGCCAACAUGGCACCAGUUUGAACGAAGGGUCGACGAGGUGAAAGCAUCGAAAGCUGAUAUCAAUUGCUUGGUCAUGGACUACCUCGUCACCAACGGUUAUCCGGCAGCGGCAAAGAGAUUCGCCGUCGAGGCUAAUAUUCAGCCGAAGGCCGAUAUUGGGUCCAUCGAGGAACGCGUAGAGAUCCGCAGUGCUAUUCACUCGGGCGAUAUCCAAACCGCUAUUGAGAAGAUCAACGAACUAAACCCCCAGAUAUUAGAUGAAGACCCGUCUCUUCACUUCUCCCUGCUCAGGUUACAACUUGUUGAACUGAUCCGUAAAUGUACAUCUACUCCUAACGGAGAUAUUACUCCCGCGCUGGACUUUGCCACAUCUCGGCUUGCACCGCGAGCGCCUACCAAUCCUCAAUUUCUUGAAGAUUUAGAGCGAACCUUAGCCCUUCUCAUCUUUCCGGCGGAGAACUUGACUGUUCCGUUGGCCAAUCUUCUUCAUCCCGACUUACGCAAAGAUAUUGCCACAAGGGUCAAUGAAGCCAUUCUAGAAAGCCAGGGAGCUCGUAAAGAGGCCCGGCUGCGCAAUUUGGUAAAACUACGCGCUUGGGCGGAGCAAAAGGCCCGAGACACUAAGCAGGCAAUUCCCGAUCAUCUUGAUAUCGGACUGCACAGUGAUAAGUCGACAGCCAAUGCUCAACACCGCCCCAGUCAAAACGGCAGUUCAGAUGAUGCCGUCAUGGCCAACGAUGGAUCCAUCGACCCCAUGAUUGCGUAA